CUGCCCCUGCUCCUCCUGCUCCUGUUCCUGCUCCUCCAGCUCCUGCCCCUUCCCAAGCUCCCGCUCCUGCUGCGGGGCACGGCGAGCGCACCGCCUCCUUCUCCCGGGUCCCGCCCCGCCCCACCUCGCCCUAGCCCGGCCCGUCCCUGCGCCCCCGGCCCCAUGAAGACGGUGGUGCGAGGCCUCGUACUGCUCGGCCUGGUGUCCUGCGCGCUGAGCCACUGCCAGAGGGAAUGCUCCUGGUGCAGGGCCCGCCUGGGGCCCGCGGUCACCACUUUCAGCACAACGGCCUGCAUCCUGGAGUGCCAGGGCCUGGUCCCCGCCCAGGCCAGCUGGGGCACCUGCGCCCGCAUCCCACGCUCGGCGCCCGGCAGGGCCCGGCCCGCUCGCCGCUCCGAGGAGGAGGUAGACGAGGAAGAGGACGAGGAGAAGGAGGAGGAGGAGGAGGAGGAGGAGGAAGAGGAGGAGGGGGCGACGCCAUGGACGGCGCCAUGGACGCUGACCCCCGUCGAGGCCCGGCCCGGGCCCGGGCCCGGGCCGGGGCCGGGGCCCGGGCCGGGGUCGGGCCCGGGGCCGUGGGGUCUCGGGCCGACCCCGGGGCGGGGGGUUCAGAAGCGGUUCGGGGGCUUCACAGGGGCGCGGAAGAGCGCGCGGAAACUCGCCAACCAGAAGCGGGUCAGCGAGUUCGUGCGCCAGUUCGUCAUGCUGAGCCUGCAGUCCAGCGAGCGCCACAACCGCCUGCCCGCCGCCCUGCGCGCCCGUGCCCACCUCUAG